AGCCAGCCCAACUCCUUGCUCUCUCAUGCAGUUCUCUUGCCUCUUUCUCCUUGCAAACCAGACAUGUCCUGCUACAACCAGUGUCUGCCCUGCCAGCCCUGCGGCCCAACCCCACUGGCCAACAGCUGCAAUGAGCCCUGUGUCAGGCAGUGCCAGGACUCCACCCUCGUCAUCCAGCCCUCUCCCGUGGUGGUGACCCUGCCCGGCCCCAUCCUCAGCUCCUUCCCGCAGAACUCCAUUGUGGGCUCCUCCACCUCUGCUGCUGUUGGCAGCAUCCUCAGCUGUGAUGGAGUGCCCAUCACCUCUGGGUGCUGUGACCUCUCCUGCAUUCCCAGCCGCUACUGUGGCAGCAGAUGUCCCCCCUGCUAA